GCAGCAGAAAUCCAGAAAAUCGGCGAAGGAGCCGAGAAAGUGGAGGUGACCCCCGAGGGGCUCCUGGAAAGCCGCCAUGACUACCCUCCACACCAGGAAGGAUCCCCAGCUCCGAGGAGGAGCAACUCCCACCCCUAGCAAGAUUCCAGUACUCUCUCAAAGAUGCCCAGAUUUUUCCUCGGCCAAGGCGUCCUCUCUGGACCAGGAGAACCAAGAUCCGAGGAAGCCACCGCUACGUACUCAGCAUCCGCUCACUGACACAGCAGGCUUCAGACCGAAAACCUUCCACCAGACAGAAAAAUCACAAAGACUGGGGGUCACCCAGCCCCGGCACCCUUUGGAGGAACUCAAGCCUAGCUCUGGGGGAUCAAAUGUGGGGCUUGUGACCCAUCCCGAGACAGAGGCCACAGGGGCUAUAGAGUUUGUUGCUGACCCUGCAGCCCUGGCCACCAUCCUGUCAGGUGAGGGGGUGAAGAGCUGUCCCCUGGGGUUCCGGUCCAGUCUGGCUCAGAGAGUACUAGUUCGAGGGAGCAAGGGAGGCACCACGCGGAGGGGCCAGAGUGCACGGUGUUCCGCGUACCUGGCUCCCAGGGCCCCCCUCCAUCAGCUGGAUCCUGCUAGGGCUUCCUGCUUCUCAAGGCUGGAGGGACCAGGACCCCGAGACCGCACUGUGUGCACCCAGGGUUUCGAGUCUUUGAAUCCACCUGCAGGCCCCUCCUUCCACCCCUCCACUCGCCCCAGUUUACAGGAGCUGAGAAGAGAGACGAGUGGCAGCGGCAGCAGGACUCCAGCAAGCCAGGCCUCAAGACUGCUCCCGAAGACCCCAGUUGAGCCUGCUUCCGUACCCCUCGAAGGAGAGCACGAGGCUGUCCCUCACUCAGAUGAAAAAGGAAGAGGCCUCCGGGGUCUGGCUCAAAGAGUACCAUUAAGGCAGAGUCUGACGCAGGCCAGGACCUCAUACUCAUCCUUGAAACGUUUCGCCCUUCGAUCAAAAACCCAAACCCAGCUCACACCCCUCCGAUCGGUACCCAGAGUUCAACAGGCCCAGCGUCUCAGUGGCCUCUCCCCUCAGCCCUCCCCUGAAGAACCUGCCCUGCCCUGGGAGAAGAUUGCUGUAAGGUUGUUUGACCAGGAGAGCUGCAUCGCACUGCAGAAGGGCUCUGGGAAACCGCCUGUGACGGGCACCUCUGGACCUCACCCCAACAGGAUCCCGAACCAGCAGGAGCUAAAGAUGCAGCGCAUCGGUAUUCUGCAGCAGCUCUUGCGACAGGAGGUAGAGGGGCUGGCGGUAGACACGUGUGCCCCUCCGAACGGAGGCUCUGCUCUAGACAUGACCGAACUUCAGCCCCUGAUGGCCGAAGUUGCUGGAACUCUGAGUGCCCCAGGACACAACUCUGGAACUUCUCUUCUUGGACUGUCAAAACCCUUUGGUGUGACAGAGCCCCUCCUUGCAGAGGAUCACGGGGAGCUGCAGGCCUGCCCAGGGGAGGAGGCUCAGGUGGCUCAGGAUCGCUCCUCCACAGAAUCCAAGCCCCCAGGGCCGUUUGGGAGAGCUGGGCCACAGCCACCAGAGCCUUGCCUUCCAGCACUGCCUGGACCGCUUCUGCCUAGUUGCCAGGGACAGUCUGGGCCCCCUGAGGCCUGCCCUAGGGUAGAGCUGGGAGCAUCGGCAGGCUGUGCUGUGGAAGCUAGGAACCCAGAGUCCAGCCCACAGCCCUGCUGCAGUCAGGGGCCUCCGGCAACCACCAGGUUGACCUUCUCGUCACAAAGCCCGCUCUGUGCCAGUCCCCCUAUCCGCUCACUGCAGGCUUUGAGGUCCCCGACAGGCCAUUCAGGCCCCAGCCGUCUGGUCCCUCGAUCCCUGGCUCUGAGGCAGCACCUCAGAGCGUGUCUCACCGCCAUCCACUGCUUCCGUGAGUCUCGCCUGGAUGAUGAGUGUGCCUUCUACACUAGCCGAACCCCACCUCCGGGGCCCGCCCGGGUCUGCUCCAACCCUGUGGCCACGACGCUUGAAUGGCAGGAUGCCCUGUGUUUCAUUCCAGUUGGUUCGGUGCUCCCCCAGGACUCUCCAUCAUGACCGCGGCCUCCACCGGGCUUCUGCUCUGCUGCAUUAACCCUCCUCUUAGCCUUAUUUAUUGUUGAUCUGCCCAUUGGCCUGGGAGCCACCACCCUUUUAUCCUUUA